UGAUGAAUACAAGAAAUUAUAAAAAAGAUGUAUCAGAUUAAGGAUCAAUGAAGGGAUAGACUAAUUAAAACUUUGGAUAUUCAUAACCUCAAUAAUUUUAAGAUGGAAUUUCACGUAUUUAAGAAGAAAUGAUGGAUCCAAGAAAUAUAUAACCUGAUUCUAUGUUUGUUAAUUUUAGUGGGGUUCUUGAAUGUGGUGAAGUAAAAACUUAUUUUGAUAAUGAAGUGCGAAGAUGAAGAAUCAUUAAGAAUUGAAUAUGCUAUUAAAUAUGGGGGUGAUGAUUGGACAUAUUUGAAAACUAGUGUAAGAUUAACAAUAAAAUUAGAAUAAUGCUGAUGAUGCAGAACCAAGUGGAAUAUCCUAAUUAAGUACUUCCAGAAAUUUGCAUUCAAGAAAUAUUGUUUGGAAUUUUCCUUUUGAAUGCAAUUUUUAAACUAAAAACAUUUUUGGAUGGCCUUAAGUUGUCGUAAGACUUUCAGGUCCUGAUUUUAUGGGAAGAAGUGUUGCUAAAGGAUAUGGAUCUGUUCAUGUUCCAACUUAACCAGGAUAGUAUGAAUUCUGAAUAGUCUUCUAGUCAUGAAAGAAUAAUUAGGAUAUUCAAACCACUUCCAAUUUCAGGAUUCACAGGAUUUUUAGGUUAUUUGUUAGGAAAUACUGCUGAACUCAAAAACUUUGAUAAAGUUAUUUCCUCAGGUGAAGGAAGAGAAGUUACGAGAGUUAAAUCAGUAGGAUAUGUAAAGGUUAAGUUUCAUGUAACAUUAGUAAAUUUUGAUAAAUUUGGUUAUUUAUGA